GAAUCUUUUUUGACCUUCGCAACCUGCAAGUUAUUCAAUAACGAAUUGUGAUUUAGAUUGUAAUUUUGUUGUUCGAAGAGCUUGGUUACCUUUGAUUAGGCUGUUCUCACCUGACAAAACACUAGCAAUGAUGAUCACCCAGUCAUAAAGAAAUUUCGAAAUACGGAACAAAACGGAUUAGAUUUUUUUCUAAAUAACUCGGGACCAGGUCAACCUAUCAGUCUAUUUCUAACGUCGAUGGAGGAGUAUUAAACACAGCGACAUCUACUGUACAGAUCUGUUUCCACAUUCCUCAAGGACCCCUCUGUUGCAGUGCCAGAGUGGGAGGCGUCCACAACAGUGCCUGAUGGGAAAUGUUCCACUGUUUCCUGUGCUGAGCUGCAGAUAGCAACUUGUUCUGAGAGCUCAGCCUGAGGUCUUCAGAGAUACUGAGCUGCUGGACGAAAUCCAGUAUACCGUUCAGCCUCGCAUGCCCAAAUGCCUCGAAGCUCUGAUUUUCAUGUUUGUUUGGCAUCCUCCGAGCAAGCCAAGGGUUGCAGAUAGCACCUCCGCCCUCUUUGCGAAAGGUCAUCUGUGUUUUAUGACAUUGCACGCUGAUAUCUUAAACGGAAAAAAUCUGAAUCAUAUCAGAAAUUGUUUAGUUCCUGGUGUCAUAAGCCAACUUGAUCUGAAUUUCUCUUUCUCUCUCGCUCUCUUCUAAAGCAUGGAGAGCUAUUCUCCAUGUGCCAGAGGGAUCAGUAGGAGGCUGGAAGAGAAGAUGAUUAAUUAGCAUUGCCUCUCCGCUUUGGCUGUAGACUGAUCUCAGCCCAGAUUCUCUAUAGGCCUCUUUUUAUGUAAAACUGUCAAAUAACAGCGAGGCAUACAACCGAAGGAUGGCUGAAAACAAACAAUGCAUGCUGUGGCGUAUGUUCAAGCUGGUUGGACAUCCAUAUCAUAAAGUGUGAACACAUUUAUACAUUUCUUUCUAUAGUUCUAGAAUUUUGUCUUAAUUUAUGCUCCCCUAUUGUCAUUUUAAUACAAUAAAAAAGUCCAUAUGAAUCGUACUUUAUAUUCCAAGUCUACAGAAGCCAUUUGAUACCUUAGUGUGAAGAAGAAAUAUUUCAAGUAAAAAUAAAAGUUAAUUUACUUAACCUCAUGUUGUUCCAAACCUUGCUCUCUUCUGCAAAGCACUAAGAAAAUAUUUUGAACAGUGUUUUGCUCUUUGCUUUUAAGGUCAAUGAGAUCAAAUGUAGUUUUGGACCCUGGCUUUCUUUAAAUAUCUUGUCCAAAAAUAGCUAAAUAUUAAAAUGACUUUUUAUUAAACUUGCCAUAGCAUGAUUUGUCAGGUGAUAAAUGAGAACCAAUAUAGUGUAAGCCUCCAAUAUGUCAAAAAGUGCCUGUUUAUAUUUACCAUAAUUGCUAAUGAGAUUUCAGAGCUCUCUUUUGGAAACACAAAUCUAUGGUAUAACUUCGGAAGUCUCGGAAUAUGGUGCACAACUAUCAAUUUAUGGUGCUUUUUUGUCUUUUGUUUUUAAAGCCUGGGAGAAUAAAUCAACAUGUUGUUUCAGUGGAAGAGCAGCUCAGAUAUUCUGCCGAAUGUCUCAUGUUGUGUUUCAUGGAAGUAGGAAGGAAACAGAGUUGGAAUGACAUGAAGUUGUCACAUUUUUGGCUAAUUUUGGGUCUCUUUAAGCCUAAAACAGUUCUCAAGUGUCAACCAAUGUUGUUCAGCCUUCAUAACAUACCACUUGGCAUGAUAUAUCAAAAAGUGAAAUGAAAAAAUAAAGUGCAAAACUCAUAUUUAAUGGAGUCUCUUUUUUUUACACCUUGGCAGUAUAAAACUAUCUAUUUUCACUGUAAGAGCAGCCCAAACAUCAGAUUGUUUCAUUGAACAAAACGUUGGAAUAACAGUAAGUAAAUUAUGACAUAUGUAUGACUUAUUCCUUUAAUACCUUAUCUAGUUCUCCGGCAGAUGACACUGCUUUAUUUCUGAGAGAUCAAAAGCAAGUUAAAACAGCCCUGGAAUGUAUUUCCAAAUUUUCCAGUUCCUCUGGUUUAAUGUUAAACCUUAGGAAAUGUGAAAUACUAUUUAUACACGAUUCUAUAGAUCUAUUCGUUGAAAGCAUACCAGUAAAGGACUCCGUUAAAUACCUUGGCAUUCAUAUUUCUAAAAAUAAACACACGCGUGAACAAUUGAAUUUUAUGGCUAAAAUUAAUAAAACUAAAAAAAUCUUUAACAACUGGUUACAAAGGGAUUUGACCUUGUUUGGGAGAGUUUUGCUUUCCAAAGCUGAGGGUCUUUCCAGAUUUGUUUACCCAGCUCUCUCUCUUUACGUCAGUGAUAAAACUUCCAAAGAAAUUAAUAAAACCUUUCUCGACUUUAUUUGGAAAAAUAAACCUUGCAAGUUAAAAAAGGACAUUAUAUCAGGCAAAAGAGUUGAUGGUGGCUUAGAGAUGUUAGAUUUUUUUGAUAUUAACAAUACCUUUAAACUUAAUUGGUUAAGAAACUGUCAAAGAAAUGAAAAUUCAUUAUGGUUAUUUAUCCCCCAGUCCAUCUUUAACAAGCUUGGAGGCUUAUCUUUUAUAUUGAGAUGUAACUAUCUGCCUGGGAAAUUACCAGUUAUUCUAUCCAAAUUUCACCAGCAAAUGUUAUUAGCUUGGAAAAUUGGUUUCCAUCACAACUUUUCUCCACACAAAAUGCUUCUCUGGAACAAUUGUCUUAUUACCUCUAGGAAUAAAUCUUUAUUUUUACAGAAAUGGUUUGAAAAAAAAAUAUUUUUUGUCAUGGAUUUGUUUGAUGAAAAUGGAAAUGUUUUGUCUUAUGAAGAUUUUAUGUUUAUUUACAAUUUCCCCAUUCCAUUUAAAGAGUUUCAGCAAGUUGUUAAAGCUAUUCCCAAUGGGUUAAAACAUCUGAUGAAAAGUCACCUUACUUUUGGAAGUAACGAAAGGAAACUUCCUGAGUUAAUAAUUGAUGGUAUCAAAAUAUUUUCUCAUUCCUGUAAGAAUAAAAAUAUUAGAUUAAUUUUUCAAUCCAAACAUAAAAUUUCUCCUAGAGGGAAAUUUUUUUGGAAUGCACAAAUUGAUGAUAUUCGUUGGAAAGAAACAUGGUUAAAUCCAAACAAAUUUUGUAUGCUAAAUAAAGUUAAAGAGUUACACUUUAAAAUACUUCACAAAAUCUACCCAUGUAAAGCUUUGUUAUCAAAAUUCAUGGACAUUGACAGCAAGUGUAUUUUUUGUAAUGUACACGAGGAAGACUUGGCUCAUUUGUUUUACAAUUGUGAUGUGUCUUUAAAAUUUUGGUCUGACGUUAGUUUUUUUCUUUUUGCCCCAAGAAAGGUGAAUUAUAAAUUAUCUCUAAAAGAUGUUAUAUGUUCUUUCACACUUAGAAGCAAAAUGUUUGAAUAUGUGGUGAACUUUUAUAUCCUGCAUGUUAAAUAUUACAUCCAAAAACAAAAAUUUGCAAAAUGCAUACCUAAAUGUAGUCUAUUCUUAAUCGAGAUGGAAUCGCUAAAGAAAUCGUUAAAGUUAGUUAAAAAUAAAAAGAACUAAAUUUUGUUAAAAUUUAAGGAGAAAUUUUUGAUACUGUAAAGUCCCCAUUGUGUUCUCAAAAAUUUAUAUAUAUAAUGAAUGUCUAAUUAGGAAAAAGGAGGUAAUAUGCUGUUUGCUUUUUCUUUUUUCUUUUUUUUCUUUUUUUACUCAUUUAUUUUAUUUUAGUUAUUUUUUAUUUUUUUGCUGUUGUUAUGAUUUGUCAUCUUGUCUAAAGGUGUGAUAUUUGUCUUGUGAAAUAUUGCAGUUGUAUGUUGA